AUAGCAGCUUCUCCUCUAUAUACAUAAAGCAAAGUUGCAGUUCUGCGCAGGCUACCCUUGCACCAACUCGCAAGCACAGUGAGAUCAACGACACCAUCCGUUUCUCUUCCUUUCUCUCUAUAUUUUUUCCAGCUUUGCAAAGAUAGAGACCGAUCGGAAGCGAAAGAAAACCUCAAAACCGUCUGCAGAUCGGACGGCGGACAGGGAAAAGCAUAAGAAGAAGACGAGAAUGUCGGCGUCUGCGACGGCCAAUCAGGUUAGAGCAUCGCACAUACUGAUCAAGCACCAAGGGUCUCGGAGGAAGGCCUCGUGGAAGGAUCCAGAGGGCCGGGUCAUUAUGAGCACCACCAGGGAGAGCGCCGUAUCUCAGCUCCAAGCCCUUCGUGACGACAUCGCUUCGGGAAAAGCCAAAUUCGAGGACCUCGCCUCUAGCUUCUCCGAUUGCAGCUCCGCCAAGCGCGGCGGCGAUCUCGGUCCUUUCGGCCGAGGCCAGAUGCAGAAGCCUUUUGAAGAAGCAACAUAUGCUCUUAAGGUGGGCGAGAUAAGUGACAUUGUGGAUACUGACAGUGGAGUCCACAUUAUCCUGAGAACUGGUUGAUUACUCUCAUGGAAAAACAUCAAACAGUGUGCUUCAAGAACGGAUUUAUGUAUUUUUCUCAAUUGCAUUUUGCUCCUUGUCGGAGCAACUCGACCAUCUUACGACUUAAUUAAUGAUUUGAUACUUAUAAUA